AUGACAGAGUGUCCCGUCUACCAAAUCAUCCUCUUACGCGUCAGCGUCGCCAUCUUUGUCGAGUACGAGCCCGACGGCGGCGGCGCCCUCUUUUCCUUGACGGGCCCGGCGGGGACGAAGCCGCGGUGCGAAGCCGAGGAGCUCCGCGCGAGCCCGUUUCGGUUCCCGCAGUUUGCGGGCAGCCGGCUGCUCGGCGUCAUGCAGAGACACAGGGUCGACGAGGCCUGGCAGCUGUCCCAGGCGUACGUGGACGGGGCGGACCCGCGCCGCUACGCCGAGGUGACGGACUGGUGUGUCGCCGUGGCGGAGAUGCUCGCGCAACGCGACUUGGUCGUGGCCCGCGCGGCGUGGAUGCUGCCGACGAUUGCGGAGAAUGAGAAUCCCCAGACGGAGCAGGAUCAGGGUAGCUAG